GACGUUAUCUCAAGGCACUGUACACAUGGAGCAGGUCUAGAACCCGGCUCCAAGAGAACCAACCGAACUCCACACGAGCAAGCACUUGGCGGCAGAGGCAAGGAAAAAUUCCCACUCGGGAAGAAACCUCGAAAAGAACCCAGAGUAAGUCUAUACUCUCUGUGAAGGCCAACAAUAACACUGAAAGCAAACAAUGGCAGUUGGCGCCCUUUAGAGGACAGGCCAUGUUCUACAAUUAAUUAAAAAUGGCAUUUGGUAAGCUAUUUGCAUUUAUUGAACAAUUUCAUCUUCAAGAGUGAAAUCAAUUAGCACUUACAAAAAAAAGUAAAAUUUUACUAGUUUAUAUAUUUAUAGGAGCGCACAAUUUGCUAAUGAGGAUCAAUAAAAAUAUACAGUGUAUAUUUGGCUAAUUUUGCUCCGUAAUCCUCACAUUGAUUAGCUAAAUAUUAGGGAUUCUGUUUCUCUUGAGCAUUGUCAGACACAUUUGCACAGGUGUAACUAAAUUAAACGCCGCAGUUUUUAUAUGAUACGGUUUUAGACAAAAAUCCGUACUGGGUUUCUUGGCAAAUGUUACCAAUAGUGGUUGAGCUGUCUGUUGCUCAAUCUGACAGAGGGUCUAGCAUGGUUCAAGCAAACCAAGUUUAUUACCAGAUUUAAAAAUGUUUUUUGUUUGCUUUUUUUUUAAAUAUAUAUAAUGGCCCCAACUGAGCACCCUUGUGAUUGGAGUGGUUUUUGAAACAAUUGACUAAAAAGGUAUAGCGCAGUAAUUGAAUUUAAAAAACUGUGAUCAUAAAGCUGUGGCCUGGAGUCACGCUGUUCGAGUACUACUUCCUUGUAUUCUGCUGCUUUGACAGAUUUGAACCUAAGACCGCCCACUAAAGGUGAUGGACGGUAAAGAAAACCAAUAGCCUCACUGCCUUUGAGUUAUGAGCACCACCUCUUUGUGAUAGAUUUAGGUUAUAGCCAAUCAGCUGGUAUGCGUCUCGCAGUAAACGGGAGAGAAGUGUAGCGAAAUAGCCUUUACUUUGUUUACGUGCGGUUAGCUGACAGCUGUUGUAGCUCUUUACUACCACCUUAGCAUUGUGUGACUUUCUCUCGCACACUGGAAAUAUUAAAGCCACGCAUCUGUGGCUGUCGAGAAUGGGAUGUUUAGUUGAUUGAGGGCAGGCCGCUAGAUGCCGACAGGAGGAUGAGCUCCAUCAGCGGUCGGGUUCUUGCCGUCCCCGCCGCCUGUGUGACUAACUCUGGAGCUUCAUCAUCCCGAGCCUUGCACGUAGAGCUCACGUCCCAGCAGGAGGGCUGCACAUGGGAGGAGCGACACAUGCUUUCAUGUCAGUGUUUUCCCUAGAGACGAUUGCGUCACCUCCGGAGCAUUGCUGCAAGAAACAUUGUCAACAAGAAUGGUUCCCCCCUGCUGGACACAUACUUCACCCUGCACCUGUGCAUAGGAGAGCGUAUAUCGAGUGAUUUUUACAAGAGUGAAGUCAUACGUGACUCACUGAACCCUACUUGGCGCAGCCUGGACUUUGGUAUGUUGCCGGACCUUUUGGAUACCUCCGUGUCAUGCUUCGUGGUGAGAAUUUGGGGAGGACAAGAGGAACAGUACCAGCUCCUCAUCGAAUGGAAAGUCAACUUGGAUGGCGUCAGAUACGCAGGACAGCAGAUACGAUCCAGGAAUCCAAAUGAGAUCAUAUUUGGGUUGAAUGAUGGCUAUUAUGCAGCAGACUUUGAUCACAAGGACCAGUCGGAGCGGAAGAAAAAUAGUCUGCUUCAGGUUGACCAAAGCUCAGUCAGGAAUUCCUACAGUGUCUUCUCGCUGCUUAGGCUCCACACAGCCCAGAGAGCCAUCAAGCAGACCCAAGUAACCGUACAGAAGAUUGGGAAGGAGAUUGAGGAGAAACUGAGAACAACAGCAACAUGCACCGUGCGGAAGAAAGAGCGGGAGUUCAUGCAGCUACGUUUAGCCGUUCUUCGUAGUGAGCUGCAGCGGCAGAGGAAGGCUCUUGGGAGAGAGAGAGGUUUGUGGCAGAAGGAUGGGGCGCAGCUUCAGAAGAAAGAGGAAGUGUUUGCCACACAACAUGAAAGUCUAAAGGAGGAGAAAGAAACCUUAACCAUGCUUCAUAAGGAAUGUACCGCCAAGAGAGAGCAGCUCCUCAAGUCCAACGCCCAGCUCAGCAUCCGAUGCCGUCAGCUUCUCUCUGAGCUUUCCUACAUUUACCCCAUCGAUGUGGAAAAUCAGUCAGAUUAUGUUAUUUGUGGAGUGAAGCUGCCAAAUUCUGAAGACUUUCAAGCCAAGGACGACGGGAGCGUGGCAGUCGCCCUGGGUUACACGGCACACUUGGUCUUGAUGAUCUCGUGCUUCCUGCAGAUCCCUCUUAGGUAUCCAGUAAUCCACAAGGGUUCACGCUCCUCCAUCAAGGACACCAUCACAGACAGGCUCACCGAGAAGGAGAGAGAGUUCCCUUUGUAUCCCAGAGGAGAGCGGUUCCAUUUUGAAUAUGGCGUCUACUUGCUCAACAAGAACAUUGCUCAGCUGAGAUAUCAACAUGGCUUGACCACCCCGGACCUGCAGCAAACGCUGCCCAACCUGAAGAACUUUCUUGAACAUGGCUUGCUUGUCAGAUGUGACCGACACCACGUCUCCAGCGCCAUCCCGGUACCAGCCAAGUCUCACCUUGGGGUGCCUGGUACCUCCGAGGUCACCUGCCCCCGCCACACCACUUCCCCGGACCGGGGCCUGAGGAAGAGGGCGAGCUCUGAGGCUGACAAGAACAAGACACAUCCUCCUUGCUAUGACACCGCUGUGGGGGCGGGGCCAGCCACAGCAGUAACGCAGUCGUCUCCACCUAAACUCCUGUCUUCAUCUCUGGAUGCCGCCAUGGCCUCGCUUGACCUUACAGAGCCGCCUGGAGCCAAAGAGGAGGAGGGAGAAAUGGAGGUAGGUCGCGAUACAGCAGCUGAGGUGGAGCGAUGCAGCAGCACUGACCGAGAGGUGGAAGUCAGCAGAGAUCAAACUGAAGCACGACGGCCCUCUAGCACAGCUGCACCCAACUCUUCUACACUAGGGGGCGCUGGUGGGGACGAUACGAUGGCCACAAGUCAACACGCGGGAGUCAUGAACGGCUCUCUGGUUCCCAGGCAGCGCUGCUCAGUGGAGCAAGCGGAGGAGAUCAUGGGGACGGAGGCCACCAACCUGGCAAUGGGACUCGGGGGAGACUUGGGGCUCACAGAGGAGACCAGGCUGGAAGACUACCACUGCAUCCCCGUGGACCAGGCGGUGGCCGUGGAAUGUGAUGAGCAGGUUCUGGGGGAGCUGGACGUCGCCGGCUUUGAGGAGUUUUCCAGACGCAUCUACGCACUGAAUGAGAACAUGUCCAGCUUCCGGCGACCGCGCAAGAACUCUGACAAGUGAGGAAGAUAACUGCAGGAGAGAGGCAGACAUGGGGGGGGGGGACAAAACAAAACAUUGCACGGAGAUUUUGGUCAAAGAAGGCAAGGUGGAUUCUGGAAUAAUGACCAAUUUGCACUUCUUCUACAAACUAGUACAUAUGUCAAUAGCAUAUUUUAAAAUGGAAUGCAGUUAAGUAUUGGGACAGCUGAUUUUUAUUUUUUGAUGCCGGCAUUAAUAUAUUUUAACAAUGAAUUAGUCAUUCAGAUCUCUUCAUUCCAUCGUCCGACCUCAAUGUUAAUAUCGUUCAUGGGUUACUGUUGUGUGUGAAAAGGCGCCAUUCAUCAUGAGACCUGCACGUACGUAACUCACCCGGCUGCUGCUAUUAGACACUAAUAGCAGUACAUGUUGGGUUUUUCAUAGUAACAUACCUCAGGUUUAACCUCCACCAGGCAGGCUUUUAUUCUUCUUAUAUGCAGCAGGGGUGUAACGGUACGCCGAAAUCGCUCUCAUGUACGUACAGCGGCUUUUGUGUAAAUGGCUUCAAUGAUUUUUACAAUGAAGCCUGCAGCUUGCUAGCAGUGCUACAGUACAGGAUGUACGCGCUGCGGCUCCGAAGGUUGGGUUCCUUCAAUCACGUCGCCAUGAUUACACAGAACGUUAUCAAGCAUAAAUACAGUUGUCGCCACGUUGUGCUUCGAAUUGUACGGCUUCACUCUAUCACGAUUUUUUCAGAAAUACAUCAUUUAGUGUGUGAAUAUGGCCGGUCAUGAGUCAAAAAUAUGCAUUCGUGAGCUAAUUUUAUGUACAUUUGACCUAAAUGAAGCAUUUUCAAGCAUAAAAUUAGCUAAAUGAACUAAAAUACAAAUACAAGGCGUUCAGAAGAAUCAUUGAAAGAUGUGAUAAAAAAUGUGUGUAGCAUGGAGCGCUGGUCACUGGGUAGCAGUCAAGUUACUCAUGUGAGACACACAAGCACCAGCCUUUCUUGCAGGUUUGAAAUAUUCCACAACAGGCACACUGAUCUCAAACACGGGCAACUGUCACGGCCAUGAACCAAGUCAAGCUAAAACUCAACUCUGAACCUCGCUUCCUGUCCGCGGAACACAUUUAAAGUGACACACACGAGCACGAGUCUUAUUCCUGUCUUAAGUGGCUUAUUUGCUCUAAUUUUGUCUACUGUAUUGGGCAAUACAAGUGUAAAGGGUGACUAUAGGGGUGUUCAUGUCUACACGGCUCUAAUAAUGUUAAAAAAAAAAAACAUAUUUAGAAAUGUUCUAUGGUCUAACUCUGAAACUAUUCCAUUUAUAAGUAAGGAAAAUUCAACUAUCACGGCCAGUUCUGGCAGUUAACGGCGAUAAACGAGGGAUUACUGUAAGGCUACCCCGAAAACGAAAGCAAAAACUGCUAUAUUCUAGAAAGCUAUUCGGAGAGUUUGUAAACAAUACAACUGUGGCGUGCGGUGAGGCUCUUGGUUGGAGUCACCGUGUGAGAAAACGAUACGCCUCUGUGCCGAACCGAAAAUCUACAGAUGCACGUACCACUACACCCCUCCUCUUACAUGAUUGGCACAUAUUGUACAGUUGCAUUACUGAUCACACUCCAGCAAAUGUAAAUGUGUCCACUCGAGCAUAACAAUCAGCAAGUCUAUGAUGGAUGAAUCAGGUCUUGAAGCUGGGGCAGCAGGGAGUCUUCAGCCACGAAGACCUCGGCUUGGACACGAGGAGCUCAGAACAUGAAGAAAGACAUUCUCCCAUUCCAUUCAAAAUAUUUAUGAUCCUUUUCAGAUGAUUUUCCGUGUAGUUGAUGGAGGAAAUUCCAUCAAAUUCCCUUCCCAGUACGUGAUUGUACAUGAUGUUGACAUGCUUGCCAAGCCUUGCAUGGACGUGGUGGCGGGUGUGUGGGCUUUCCUACGCGUGCAUGUCUGGAGUGGGAGGUGUUCACGCUCACGCAGUCCCACGAAUCCACCGAUGACCUUCAAACGAGCGCCAAGGGAGGUGGAAACUGGGGCCCAGUAGACCCUGAGACUCCCCACCCAUUUGUGCCCUCACUGGGGCGCCACGAUCAUUCCCAUUAGGGGUCUCCGGUUGGAGCCUCCAGCCCCAUGGCAGCGAUACCGUGCAAUCCUUCAUCGCUUCCUGUCCUUUUUUGCUUUUUAAAAAUGCUAUUCUCAUAUUUAGUAGACCAUAAAGAUGAUUGUGUGUUGGAAUAUCUCAGGCUCUACUGCAAGUGUUAAAUGAAGUGUCUCAAUGCAGUCGUGUGUGUGAUUUUUGUGUCCUUCACCUGAAUGCUUUCUUGCACUGGUAUUCAAAACCAUUUAUUUCUAUUAUUUAUGUCCCUCAAAUAUUUGUGUUUUGUUAAAAAAAAAAAAUUAAAAUAAAAAACAUGUUUUAGUCCCCGUAAGUUCAAACAAAUCAAUGUUGUUGACCGUGAUAAAGAUCCUCCACUGGAAGCCCACAUUUCAUUCAUAGUUGACCGUUUACUGAUGUAAGACGACAAUAUGAAGCAAAUACGAUCAUUUCCAUAAACCACUGUACAUGUACUUUUGUAUGGGUAUCUUUUUCUUAUUAAAGACUUAUUAAAGACAGUCCAAUGAAAGUGGUGUGUGCUUCUCUGUUAAAAUGUGCCCUGUUUGUUUGGAAUGGAGUGGAUAAACUCCCUAAAUCUGCGGAUUUUUGUUUAAAAAUAGGCGGUUUGUUUCCCCGCACGUCAUUCACCCAAAGUGUGUAAAAACGUACAGCAUGCAUGUACGCCUGUAAUGGCGUUACGUACCAGAUCGUGAUCAUGGCGUACCUGAAACACAUGAACGUGUCCAUCUUUGUCACGCUUUUCCACCUUCCGUUCUCAGCUCCGUUUAAUAUCAAAGACGAGCUGUUCUUCUUGACAUGCGACUAAUUUAUUGCUGGGGGGCGUGCUGGAGCUUGCAUCACGGUGCAUUAAUGACCGGAAUGACAGGGUCAAGUUACAAAAUUCAGAAAAAGUUCAAUCCGCGAUAGUC